GAAACGUCAAACUACGUCCUCAAGUUGCCACCACAACUUGAACAACGCGGAAUCCACCCAAGAUUCCAUGUAUCCCGGCUCGCACCUCACGAGCCGAAUGACCAGGAAAUCUUCCCAAAUAGGGAAGUAAACAUAUUCUAUGAUUUUGGGGAAGACCCCGAUCGCGAAGCAGUAGUUCGCGAAAUCCUAAACCACGCAUGGGUUCACAACGAACUCUGGUUUAAGGUUAAAUGGGAACUAGGGGACACCACAUGGGGACCCCUAGGAAAUUGCAACGACCUCGUCCACCUGGACAAGUACCUCACCUUACAAAAUGUAAGGGAACCAUCACGAUGUGACUGUGAACUCCAAGUGUUCCAGUACUCAUCGCAUCACGGUGGAGGUGUCCGAGUGUUAGUGAUAUUCACAUUGAUUCAUCUCCAUUCGCCAGGAGGUGAGCGUGAGCAUGAGUGUUGCGAAAAGCGAAUCGCAACCAAUCAGCGCCCGGAAAGCAUGCCCAGCUAUAUGUACAAGCUCAUCGCUAGCUGUACCUGCGCCCAUGCACAGAAAUUUAAACUCCGCCAGUCCCCAUCUCAGUUGCAGCGCCCUUCUGAGCAAUCUAAUGAUCGGAAGCUGUUCGGUAUGUAUGUAUUUAGGUAUACCAUGCCCUGGCCUUGUUAA